UAAGGCUAAAUUGUAUUUUAAUGUUGGGAUGGUGUGGCCUUUCUAUAGAAAGGCAAUAAAUUCCUAAUUUCAACUUCAGAGUCACUGACUCUAACUCAACAACCAUCAUCCAACACUGCUUUGAAACUUAACUGACCUGCAAGAUUGUGUUCACCAGCAACCUUUGCUUUGGACCACCAACCACCUCUCCAUUGUAUUCCAGGAGUCAUCAGGAUGGCUUCCCAUAAAUGCUCCCUCCUGUUCUUCAUCUUCAUGUUUUCCUCCAUCAGAGCUGACGAUCCCGCUGCUCUGAAAGUCCGGAUCACCAACCACGCCAUGAACAUGUUGAGAGAUGAAGCUCAGGCCAUGUUCCAGGAGGACAUGGCUGGAAGAACGUUUGAAGGCUUCCAGUUUUGGAGCUGUAAUGUCAGCAAUGUGAACUUAACUGAGGUCAGCGUCAAUCAAGCUCAUCUGCAGUUCGUAGAGAACUACGGCUUCCAGUUCAUGAUCAAGAACUUCAGCUUUACCUUGAACUUUAACAGCACCAAUUGUUCUUGGUUACCCGCUGAAGUCAGCAUUACAGGCCUGUCUGCCACCAUGGAAAUUGGUCUGACCAGGAAUGAAAACAGACUGGCAGCCAACAUGAGGACUUGCCAGGCUUCAAUAGACCGAAUAAGAUUUGUUGGAACGAGUCUACCCAGGAUUAUUAAGGCGAUAGUUCAGUGGGUUCUGGCUCCAUUUGUGAACAAUGUGUUCUGCCCCGUACUAAAGGUAAUCGGCCCGUUAUUGGUCAACAGGAAGCUAAACACAAUUCCAAUGGUAGCAGAGCUCCUUCCAAACUAUGGCAUCGGCUUCAACUAUUCCCUAACCAGAGACGUCGAAGUAACAACCACAAGCCUGGACAUGUCUUUCAAAGUCCAGGCGUACAGGCAGCCACAGCCCCCUCCUAUGGCGAAUGGUGGCAUGGAGCCGGUUUUCACAGAGGACGCCCUGAUGGCAUACGUGGGCAUCUCUGAGUUUUUCUUCAACUCUGCUGCCAGAUCCCUCUAUGAAGCAGGACUCAUGGAGACAAAUUUCACUGAGAUAAACUCAACGGCUUCAAAGAUCAUUUUAAAAUUCAAGCAGUUCUUCACACAACCGUGGAACCUGAAACAACCUCUUGAAGCUAAGGUGAACAUCACUGAGGUACCCAGCAUCAGCAUCACGCGUGAUGGUGUCUUCUUCAACAUGAGACCCAGAGUUACGGUCAUUUCUCCUGGAACUCGAACACCCAAUGUCUUCUCCUUAUCUGCGGUGUGCCCCAUCAGCUUGAUGGUUACUGUUGAGGGAAACCGUCUUACUUUGCCUUCUAGAGAUGUCAGAUGUCGACUAGUAACCAGCAAUGCUUUUAAACGGUUCUUGGUGGCACCUCUGAAUGCUCUGCUGAACAACAGAGCCAAAGCGUUCCUGUCAGGCUUGUUUAGUAAUGAAGUGAAGAUUCCUGUUCCUGAAGGAGUGAACUUCACCCAGGGAAACAUCCGAUAUGAAAAGGGCUUUGUAGUGGUUGGAGGAUCCCUGAGCUUCACCCCAGCUGGGAGGCAGAAGCUGUUGAACUGGGGGUGAGGUCCCGGCGGAUGAACAGCCCCGGAUGAGCCGAAGACAAGAGCCUUCCUUAUCUCCAGCUUUCAGUACCAGUUUUGUUCAGAAAUAAAAUCCUUCAGCAUCUCAA